AUGGCGGAACAACUCCUCGAGCAAGCCCGCGACAUCUUUGAAGGCCAGAUUGACUUCGAAGGCCAAAAGCUAGUAGAGAAUCUCGUCAACAUCUCGCUCUCGAUAGUAGGGGUACGAUUCUACCACAAUCCCCUUUUCCAGCAGACAGCACUAACUUCACCCCAGGCAAUCGCCUUCCUUGUCGGCUACUUCCUCCAAGACAUCAAGCUCGCCGUCUACAUCGGUCUCGCCGGCACCGCCGCCACUUUUCUUCUUACCGUCCCUCCCUGGCCAAUCUACAACAAGAAUCCCGUCAAGUGGUUGCCGGUAGCGGGAGCCGCACCACCAACGAAUAUAGUUAUCGAUGAAAAGAUGCUGCGGUGA